AUGAAAUCGGAUUAUGGUAUAGCCCUAUGGCAAUGGACGCGAGCGCCUGACGACCAAACGAGUGGCAAACAGAUAGCGGUGGAUAUGGACGGCACGUCUACACCUUUGUUACAUCUGUCCAAACUAGAAGUGGGAGUCUAUAAGUUUAUACUGUCGGUGACCGACACCGCCAACCAAAGCUCCAAAGCCGAAGUGCAUGUGUUUGUGAAGCCCGAAAACAAUAGACCUCCGCUGGCCGUCACCCCCCAUGACAUGAAAGUAGUGCUCCCUUUGGAGAACAGUGUUGUUUUAGACGGCACUAAAUCCAGUGACGACACCGGUGUGACCAAAUGGCUUUGGCAACAAUUACACGGUCCGAAAGUGUUGCAAAUAACUAAUGCCAACGAAUCAAAAGCAAACAUAACAAACAAAUUAUUUCCCGGAGAGUAUAGCUUUCAGCUCACCGUUUGGGACACGAAGGGCGCCAACUCUUCAGCACUUUUUAAGCUAACUGUCAUUCAAGCAAAAAAUUCGCCCCCCGUUGCCAAUGGAGGGGGCGAUCGCACGGUCACACUCCCUAUUAGCCAGGUUAUACUAAAUGGUAGCCAAUCCUACGACGACGUGGAGAUAGUGUCGUAUGAGUGGCGGCGGACACAAGAGUCGCUGGCAUUUGGGGAUAUACUGGACAACUCGUCAUACAGUGCUGUGUUGAGACUGACAAACCUGAUUCCCGGUCGAUAUCUAUUCCGACUGACGGUGACUGACAGUCAGGGCUCGCAGGCGUCAGAAGUUGUGUCGCUUAUUGUGAAACCCUCUCACGAUAUGAUGGAUGAAAUCGAGUUAAUACUAAACACUGAUUGCAAAGCAUUCACCACCGAUCAGGAGUGGACUGUAUUGAAGCGUUUGGAGUUA